UUGCCUUUUGCCUCCUUCGUCGCAGCAGCCUCCUCUUCCUCACCAUGUCGGCCUCCGGUAACAUUAGCUUGGAACAGCACGACCCGGAGAUGUUCAACCUCAUCGAGGCCGAGAAGAACCGCCAGUGGAAGUGCUUGGAGCUCAUCGCGUCCGAGAACUUCACGUCGCGCGCCGUCAUGGACUGCCUUGGCUCGUGCUUGACCAAUAAGUACGCCGAGGGCAUCCCGAGCGCGCGCUACUAUGGCGGUAACGAGGUCAUUGACAAGAUCGAGACGCUCUGCCAGACGCGCGCCUUGAAGGCGUAUGGCCUCAACCCCGAAGAGUGGGGUGUCAACGUGCAGCCGUACUCGGGCUCGCCGGCCAACUUUGCCGUCUACACGGCGCUCCUCCGCCCGCACGACCGCAUCAUGGGCCUCGACUUGCCCAGUGGUGGCCACUUGACCCACGGCUUUUACACGUACUCCAAGGCCGAGAACACGCGCAAGGCCGUCUCGGCGACCUCGGUCUACUUUGAGUCGCUCCCGUACCGCGUGCACCCCGAGACGGGCCUCGUCGACUUUGAGAAGCUCGCCGAGACCGCCGCGCUCUUCAAGCCCGCCAUGAUUGUCUGCGGUGGCAGCGCGUACCCGCGUGACUGGGACUACGCCGCGUUCCGCAAGAUCGCCGACGACAACGGCUCGCUCCUCAUGUGCGACAUGGCCCACUACUCGGGCCUCGUCGCUGCCCAGGAGCACGCGAGCCCGUUCGAGUUCUGCGACGUGGUCACGACGACGACGCACAAGAGUCUCCGCGGCCCGCGCGCCGGCAUGAUCUUCUUCCGCAAGGACACGCGUGGCUUUGAGAACAAGAUCAACCAGGCUGUCUUCCCUGCGCUUCAGGGCGGCCCGCACGAGCACCAGAUCGCGGCCAUCGCGACGCAGCUCAAGGAGGUCAUGACGCCCGAGUUCAAGGCGUACGCCAAGCAGGUCAAGUCCAACUGCCGUGCGAUCGCGGCCGCGCUUGUCGAGUACGGCUAUGUCCUCUCGACGGGCGGCACUGACAACCACUUGCUUCUCUGGGACCUCCGCCCCGUCGGCAUUACCGGCUCCAAGAUGGAGAAGCUUUGUGACGAAGUGUGCAUCACGCUCAACAAGAACUCGGUGCUUGGUGACCGCAGCGCCGUCACGCCCGGUGGCGUCCGCGUCGGCACGCCGGCCUUGACUUCGCGUGGCUUCAAGGAGGCCGACUUUGUGACUGUUGCCGGCUUCCUCCACCGCGCCGUCCAGCUCUGCCUCGAGAUCCAGGCGACGACGGGCAAGAAGAUCGUCGACUUCAACAAGGCGCUCGAGUCGCAUGCCGGCGUCAAGGCGCUCCGCGCCGAUGUCAACGCGUUUGCGACCAAGUUCAACAUGCCCGGCUUUGACGUCGCGUCGAUGCGCAACAAGACCAUCUAAGAAGGGUCGAGCUUAUAUAUAUAACACCGUAGUAGACGUGUCCAUCGGCGUCCGACCGCGUCUCCGACGAGUAGACAAAUUCGUGUACUUCUCGCAGUGCGCUCGGCGUCCUGCAUACGUCGUUUUGCCAAUACAAUACUUUUACCACGUCUGGAGAUUGGAC